UGAAUUGUAAUAUUGUAAUAACUGUAUUGUAAAUUAGUGCUCUCUCAUGCUAUUGGAUCUUCUGAAACAGAUACUGCUCACUAUAACAUUUAUUUUUCUUCUAAUAUUGACUGUAUUAUUACAGAUGACAUUGUAAACCGGGAGGAGUUUAUGGGGCAAGGCGUUGCACUUGUGGAAGAAGUGCCACUUGCCGCUCCACCAGCUCCAUUGGCUCCACCAGCACCAUUGGCUCCACCAGCUCCAUUGGCAGUACGGGAUCUGCCUGAAGAAGCUCGACCAGCAGCUGGAGGUGCUCCGAGAGUUAGGAGAGGCCGUGGACGAGGACCCAGGAGAGGGAGAGUGGGACGCGGAUUCGCUGGUCGUGGCCGGGGGGAAAUUCCCAUUCCUCCACAGAAUGACGAUGUUGGUCGGGUACGGCCUUGCGUGAUCUGUCUGGACCAUCCUUCAACACAUAUAUGUUCGCCGUGUUUACAUCUUUGUAUGUGUGAAGGAUGUGCCCAGCAGAAUCCCGCACACCAAAUCAACCUGCGGUGUCCCUUGUGCAAUGAUCCUCGUGGCUCGUGUAUUUUAUUAAAUAAUUCAAUAGAAUACACGACUAUACUGGUUGCAAUUUACAAUGUGUUGCGGCACACCUCUCCUACUUUCUUCAAGAGUUGAAGAGGAAUGCGCUCUUCCGAACCUAGUUCUUUCACAAUACCGGGUGCUAUUGACCCAAACACCAUUUAGGUACUUCUGAAACGUUCCAUUUAGUUCGGAAAAAUGAUUCUUAUUUAUUUAAUGUAAUAAAAAUGAUGUUGGAGGUUCGGUAAGACAAACAACUAUUGAUUCCAAUAAUAGUCUUUAUUCUACUGGCGUCUUUAGCCCUAAGUACAAGAAUGAUUUUGCAUUGAAAUUGUAUAUAUCCCAUCAUUUAAGGUCUUAUUACUACAUUUACAAAGGAGAAGUGACUCAUAAAAAACUAACUGGGCCCUUAUAACUACUAAAUGAAUACAAAGACCUUAAAGAGAUAUCUUUAAGGUCUUUGAAUGAAUAUAAUAUAAAAUAGGUUUCAUAUCCAGAUUUCACACCCCAAACAAUUGAUGUUUCCUUUACCAGCUCUCAAACAAAACAAGAAGGAUGAGCAAUCAAAAACCCUCCAAAAAGACAUUCUAACCUCAAAAUUGAAUAAAAUAUAUUAUGACAUCAUUAAUUCUUAUCAUUUUAAUUAAGAUAAAGUAUAUUAUAAUACAUUGUAAAUAUUUUUAUAUUAGUUUUUAGGUUUAAGUUUGUAAUAAAGAAUAAAUCAAUUCAGUUACAUUUCAUAUAGGUACUCAAUAUUUGUGCAGUUGCAGUUUAUACUUAAUGUUUUUGGUUAUGUUAUAUUAUAAAUAAUAUUAUUUAGACCUAUUUUGAUUAGUUUUAAUAAAUAUUCAAUUAUAAUAACAUUGAUUACAUUAUUUCAAUUCAUUGCACUUAACUUGUAAAGUUAUUGAGUGGCGCGCGGUUUGAAUGUUCACAUUAUAGUGUGAACAAAUUUUUGCAAAGUAAAACAAUAGAAGUUCAGUAUGUUACUCAAUUGCAAAAUAGCGAAUCUUCAAAAUAAGUACUUCUUCAUUCCCAACGUUGUAAAUAUAUCAAUUAUUUGUUAGUUAUAUAUACUGAAUUGUAAACUUUAUUCUUAUUGUAUAUAUUUUAUUAUUUUAAAAUUUACUGUGACUAUUGAAUAAUUGAUUUAGUGCAUUGUUUAUAGUAAUGAUAAUAUCAUUUUAAAUUAUAUACUACAAUGUUUCUGUAUAUAGACUUUCAUUUAUUUAUUCAAUAAACUUGUUCUAAUGAAAGUAAUUUACCGAGUUUAAUGAUAAUUUAUUACUAUACCUUUUUACAAAUUCUCUGUCCUUUGUCUAGAGUCCUAGUGUAAUAAGCGAUAUGCUGCUACUAAUCUAUCAGAAAUCAAUAUAUUUCCUCACUCUGAUCAAUAAUUUGAAGAAGGCUCACCAGUUAAAAUACUCAAUUCAUUUUUAAAAUUCACUGUCAAAAAACAUGAUAAUAAGUAGGCCUAUGAUGCAAAUGCAUCUAUUUGAUGUAUGGUAACGAUAAUUCAAUUGGAAAAAAAUAUUAUAAUUAAAUUUAUGGUAACGAAUUCAAAUAGGCCUUUUUGACAUUUAUUAGGCUAUAGUGUUAUGAAUGGGCCUUUCAAUAAGUGGCUCUAGGGCCUUUAGCAAUCAGUGACUAGGAUGGGACCUGGAAACAUCUACCGCGCUGCAGAUUGCACAAACCUGACUUUGGCUAUCCCUACUGGAUGAGAGUGUUACUGCAUUUUGAUAAUCGGUAGCGACGAGUAGCUAAUACUAUUUUAUAUUUGUUUUUAGGGUAACUCUUUUCAAUGGUUUCCAGUUUAUAUUCGAAAUGCAUCAAUUUAUACAACUAGUUGGAUUAUUAUAAAUUAACCUCCCAAUCUAUUUCAUGAGAUAAACAGUGAUUCCACUAUUUACUAAUUAUCUCGCCUUAAUUCUUAUUAACAUUUAUAAAUAAUUAUUCUUGGUUGAAGGGACGGGUCAAAAGUUUGUUUCAAAAGCAAUUUUCACUUCAACACUAAGUAGGUGACAGAUUAUCAUUAUAAAAACUCAAAUAAUGACAAUCAACUUAUAUUUGAUUCAAUAAAGUAUGCUUUAUUAAUCAUUGGCUAUUAAAAGUAAACACAAAGAGGCCUAUUAUUUUCCAGUUAAAAUCGUCUAUUUCUUCAAAUGUUGGAUUUUCUUUCGUACAAUCAGCUUAUUGAGCUUGAUGAGAAUAAUUUUGUAGUGGAAUAAUUUUAUAACUAGAUAUUGAGAACGUCCGUCCACACUUGAUGAAGGUAAG